UCAAUUCAGAGAGAGGAGAGAGUGUCUUCCAGAAUUCAGCAGUUGUGGAGCGACUCUGGCAGCCGUGGCGGCCGCCUCUCACCCUCCCACGUACCGCUUUCACUAACCAACAGAGCGUUGCUGAUGCACCCAGCCGCUAUCACUCCCCGUUCCCAAGCUCAUUUUCCCAUUGGGGCUUCCCCGUCAACAUUAUCUCGCAUCCGAAAACAACUCGCACACUCUGGAAAUCUUAAUAAGCCCCCGAGUAGUAGGCUACUUUUACUCUCCGUUUCUGAAUGACGGGUGGUCGAUUCGACUUUGACGAUGGUGGCACCUACUGUGGAGGCUGGGAGGACGGCAAAGCCCACGGGCACGGUGUGUGCACCGGACCCAAGGGCCAGGGCGAGUAUUCGGGCUCGUGGUCCAACGGUUUUGAGGUGGUUGGCGUCUACACCUGGCCCAGCGGGAAUGUGUACCAAGGCUACUGGGCACAAGGGAAACGCCACGGACUCGGCGUAGAAACGAAGGGUAGGUGGAUUUACCGGGGAGAGUGGACUCACGGAUUCAAGGGUCGGUACGGAGUUCGACAGAGCCUGAACACACCGGCCAGGUACGAGGGCACCUGGAGUAACGGGCUGCAGGAUGGAUAUGGCGUGGAGACGUACGGUGAUGGAGGUGAGAGGAAACAUUUUUCAUUGUUAAAAAAUAUAUAUUAAUAUUGUCUAUUUUUA